AUGGCGGUCAUAGAAACGGUCAAAGAGGCCAUCGGCCUGGGAGACGGUUCCGCCCAUUCUGCUUCUGCUGCAGCUCCUGCGUCCCGACAAGCAAUGUCUGAAGCCCGGCUUCCCCUCGCCUACCGUGACAGCUGCGCAAACCUCCUGAUACCCCUCAACAAAUGCCGACACGAGACGUGGUACCUGCCCUGGAAGUGUGAGACCGAGCGACACAGCUACGAGAAAUGCCAGUACGAGGAGUUCAAGAAGCGGGUUGCGAAGAUGGACGAGUUACGGGCGGCCAAGGCGGCGGCGGACAAUUAG